GAGUCCACUCCAAACUACGCGGUUUAACUCAGCAGUCAUUCAAUUUUGACUUUUCAAUUGACAAAAAAAACAUUUCACUAAAAAAAAAAUACUUAUGAGGAAGAGACACUGAGAGAGAAAGUAUAAUGAAGUAGUAGAUUUAUGAAUAUAAUCAUAGGCUAGUAGUUUGAUAGUGUUUGAAAUGGCAGAACUAGUGUUGGCAUCGAAGUUGGCCGAGGCUGUUGUGUCUCAAGCUGUGCAGAGAAUCACCGAGCUACUCUACUAUGAAGCUGCUUCAUUGAGCGCAGUAAGGGUGGACAUAGAGUUUCUGAAAAGCGAGUUGACUUGGAUGCAAUGCUUCUUGAAAGACGCGGAUCGCAAGCAAGAACAGGACGAGCUUGUUCGGAAGUGGGUGGCCGAAGUCAGAGACGUAGCUUGUGCGAUUGAGGAUGCUGUGGAGACUUACAUCUUCAAAGCCCAGAACUCUGCCUAUUAUGGAAAAGCUUAUUUUCUUCUCAGAAAGCUUCGCAGUCAAAUCAACUCCAUCAAGGAAAAGCUCAAGAGCAUUAGCGAACGGACUCAAAGGUAUGGAAUCAACUUCAAUAGAUCAGAGAGAAUUAGUAAUGGUAAUUAUUCUGCUGCUUCCAUGACGAGUUUGAGGAGGUCAUAUCCAGAUGAUGGUGAUGGUGAUGGUGAUGAUGAUGAUGAUGAUGUUGUUAGUUUGAGGAGUAGCUUGGUGGCUUUGAAGGGUCAGCUGUUGAAAGAGGAGGAUCGGCGGUGCAUCGUUUCUAUUGUGGGUAUGGGUGGAUUAGGUAAAACUACUCUUGCUAGAAAAGUUUAUAAUGAUAUUGAUGUGAAGAAGCAUUUUGAUUGUUGUGCUUGGGUUUUUAUAUCUCAACAGUAUGGUGUAAGAGAUCUUUUGACUGAGAUUAUUAUCCAAGUUGGUUUUCAAUCUCGAAGGAAGGAGAAGAUGGAUAGAACUGAGGUUAUGGAAUUAUGGAAGAAGACAAAUAGAAAGGAGCUGUUAGAAAAACUAAUCCAAGGCGAAAGAGAGAGACUGAAUGUAGCAAAAGACAAGGAGUUAAUUGAUAGGCUUAAAAGAGAGUUACAAGAAGAGCGAUAUAUUGUGGUUCUUGAUGAUAUUUGGAGCAUUGAGGCUUGGAACGCAAUGAAAAGUGCUUUCCCUAGAGGGAAAGUCGGAAGUAAAAUUGUGUUUACUACUCGAAAUAAGGAGAUAGCAGUGAUUGCUGAUCCCUAUAGCUUGCACAUUGAACCUCCAUUUUUGACAGACACAGAGAGUUGGGAGCUUUUGCUUCAAAAAGCAUUUCCAAAAAAUGUCUUUCCUGGGCAUGAAUGUUCACAAGAGUUUGACAAGCUGGGAAAAGAGAUGGUGAAAAAGUGUGGAGGAUUGCCUCUUGCAAUUGUCACGCUUGGAGGCUUGUUAAGAACUAAAAACUCCUUAGAUGGAUGGAAGAAGGUGCAUAGGAGUGUCAACUCGCACUUGGUCAAAUCCAAAUCUCAACAAGUACAGUAUGGAGUGGAAGAGAUGUUAGCCUUGAGUUACCAUGAUCUACCUUACCACUUGAAACCAUGCUUUCUUUAUCUAGGAAGCUUCUCAGAGUAUUGGGAGAUACCGAAAGGGAAAUUAAUUAGACUGUGGAUUGCAGAAGGUUUUAUUACAACAGAGACGAGUGAGGCAGAAGAGACAUUAGAAGAAGUAGGUGAAAGAUACUUGGAAGAGUUAAUUGAUAGGUGCAUGGUUCAAGUGGCCAAAAGAGACCAUAAUGGGACAGGGGUGAAACUUUGUCGAAUGCAUGAUCUUAUGCGAAACUUCUGUGUUUCAAAGGCGAAAGAGGACAGCUUCUUCGAGAUCAUUGAGCAGCCAGAGAUGAAGAUGUUGACCACUAAUUCAUUUUUUUCACGCAGGGUUGCAGUUCAUCUCGGAAGCCAUUUCGAAAUGAACCAAGUUCAUUCCCAACUCCGUUCUCUUCUAUGGUCUGAUAUCUACGACUGUCUAAAUACUACACUUCUAAGAAAUAAGAAGUUCAGACUGUUGAGAGUUUUGGAACUUGGCUCCACUAGACACAAGCAAAUUUUGCGUCAAAUGCCAAUAGAACUUGGCAAUUUAGUCCACUUGAGGUACUUGGGGCUAAGAAAUGCCGAAAUUUCGAAACUUCCUCCCUCCAUAGGCCAGUUGAGGAACUUGCACACUCUAGAUCUCAGAAUGAAAAUGCUGGCAUACUCACUACCCGAAUCAGUUUCCAGGCUAACUCGUUUGAGGCAUCUAUUUUUACCUGAUUAUAGGCACACAAGAGAUCUUAAGUGGUCGAGCUGUCGUUCUGGUAUGGAGAAUUUAACAAACAAUCAAACUCUGAAGCACAUUACAGCUGAGAGUUUGAUCAAAGAUGGUAUGUUCAUCAAGCUAACAAACCUUCAAAGCCUAGUGGUACAAUUCAAAAGUAUCCCAGAAGCUAGAUUGGUCAUGGAGUCCCCUGUUUUUCAAGUAGGUCGACUUCGAUCCUUGGAGAUGUACAUGCACAACAACAAUGCAUUUCCAAGUCUAAAAUCACUCUCUCAUUGCCAGUUUCUCUCCAAAUUAUGCUUGGCUGGGAAGAUAAGAUCAGGAUCGGGCUAUUCUGACCAUUUUUUACAAUUUCUACCAUGUAGCCUCACCAAAUUAAUCUUGCGUUACACAGAAAUUAAGCAAGAGGGUAUUGCAGUUUUGGAGAGGCUGCUACAUAAUCUGAGAUUUCUUUUAUUGGGUUAUGAUUCUUAUAGUGAGUCUGAAAUGGUGCUCUCUGCUAAUGGGUUUCCCAAGCUAGAGACUCUUCAACUUUUUGGGCUGUUUCAACUAGAGGAUUGGCAAGUGAGACAAGGCUCAAUGCCAAGCCUUAAGAGAUUAGAUAUUGAAUACAUUCCUAAAUUGAGUAAUGUUCCUCAUGGAUUGAUGUACAUUACUACUCUUCAAGAAUUGAAUGUGGUACGGAUGAACAGACUUGAGGAUAGGCUUCAAGUCAUGGAUGGAAUUGAAGGAGCUGAUUACUACAAAGUCAGACACAUACCCUCCAUCUCAUUCCUCACCACUUCGUUGAUUAGUCCUUCUCAUCAUAAUUAUUACUAGAGUUGUUUUAUUGGUAUUUUGUUAGGACAAAAUUUAUAUGUACUCACCGCAAGUUUAAACCUGACUUAACAUUCAUACAUUAGACACACAUUAUUUUAAUUAAUUUGAAUUUGUAGAGAAUAUCAACUCUAAAAAUGAACCCAUGCAAGCAUAUGUUUAAAGAAUUUAGAUGAAGCUCUUUAUAAUUUAAGAAUAAAAUUAUAUAGAUAAUCGUGACCGCACUACUUAUAUUAGGAAUUUUUUUAUGAAUAUAUUUUUUUUAUUGAUUUUUUUACUUUUUUAUGGUUUUUUUUUUUAUCAAAAAUACCAUAUUAAAAAAUAGCUAAAAAAUAAUAAUUUGACAAAAAUUAGACUUCAACCAACCGCUAAUACCUUAAAAAACAACUAAAAUGUAAUGAUUGGACAACAACUAGACACUAACCCAUUAUAUACUAACACGUUAAAAAAAAUUCAAAAUAUAUAUCAGAACAAUUAAACAUGAGAAAUUUGAUUUUUGAUGCAUAAAAAGGGGUUCUAUGUCAAAAUAAUACCAAGCUAAAAAAGUAUCACGCUUUUAUCUUAGUAUUCCCUUUCAUUUCCAAAAUGCCCUUGACAUAAAUUUUCCUCUUUUUUCUCCUAUUGUCUUCUCCCUCUCUAUUUCUCACGCUUUUCCUCUCUAUCUCUCUAAGCUCUCAUACACAAAGACAGCCACCAUCAUCUUAAUCAAUACUAAUUUUCGAGCUCAUUUUGGAUUUCGGAUCUAGAGCAAGUUGUGAAUCCGUUCAAGUCAAGAAUCUUCAUUUUGGAUUCUCUUUCGGAUCUAGGGGCAAAAAAUGUAUGGGUGAGUAUAUAUUUGUUAUUUGUAGUGAGGAAACUUGUUUAUCUACAUUGCUUGUGUUAUUUCGAAUAGAUUUGUGUAUGUCUUCAUGUUUUAUUGUAAUUUUUCAUUAUCGGAAUGGAUUUUCGUUCCUUUCUGGGUUUUU